AUGGCUCGAGAAGAUUUGGUUGCAUUUAUGACUUUUACGAUAUCACUUUUCGGAAUUAUCAUCAACUUUUUGGUACUAUUCUCAAUUGGUAAAACUGAAUCAAUGAAAAAUUCAUUCGGAAUUAUUACCAAAAACCUAGCGGUUUGCAAUAUCGGGAUGUGUGGUCUUUGCUUAUUUUUCCUGUUUCCAAUGCAAUUAGCACCUUCCAGUUUUCUGGUCGAUAAUUCACAUUUCAUUGGAGUUGUGGGCGAGUUUAUUUACGAGAUUUCAAAUUUGUCACAUUUCUUAAUUUCACUCAACCGAUUUUGUGCCGUGUAUCUACCGUAUUACUACGCGCCAAUUUUUUGUGUCUCAAAAACCAAAUUAUAUCUAACUUUUGUGUGGUUGGUAUCUAUCAUCGGAUGCACCGCCAUUUAUGAAGUUGCAAACUGUCAUCUAGAAUAUGAUUCCAAUCUCUGGAAUUUUCAAUUCAUUGAAAUCUCUAAAUUUUGCGAAGAGAUCACUUGGUAUUCUGAUUUUCUCAUCAACGCAAUCAUUACCAUAAUCACAUUGAAUCUUGAUCUACUGGCAGCCUAUAAAGGCAGGAAACUAUCACGAGCUCUACUUUGUGCCGCUGGCCUGGAAGUUUCUGAAGCUCAACGCAAGAGGGAAUGGAAUUUCGUGAAGCAGACGUGUUUUCAAGGCUUGUGCAACUGUUUAGCAGUACUUUCAUACUAUAUAUUUGCCCCGUUUAUCCAUGAUGAUUGGAUCAUUUUCAAAUUUUUCUUAACUAGUUUGUGGAUUUUCAUGCAUACAGUUGAUGGAGUGAUAAUAUUUGCCUCAAACUCCGAGUUGAGAUCAGUUUUUAUGAAAAAACCAACAACUAUAUCGGCCAUUAAAGUAUCUCAGGCGUCACGCGUUUUAUAA